CGGAGAGACGGAGAGACGGAGACAGUGCAUCGGGCAUCGGGCAUCGGGCAUUGGGGCCUUCGGCGGCGCGGCGAUGACUAAGCCAGAGCAUGCGUGAUACGGCAACCAUAGGUGGAGCUGUUCGUUAGUCGUGAAUACACCCAACGAGAAUAAAGUAGUGUCUGUGCAGUGACUAUACCAUAGGUGGUGAUUAAAAUACAGGGGGCAAAAUGUUGCAAUUUGCGACAUUGGUUGCGAUCAUUUGUGCCAUUAGCGGGACGUUAUCACAAGUAAAGGGUCUCAUGGAUAAUAAUGCUCUUAACGGUGGAACGGUUUCGCACUUCGAGCCGCAAGUGGCCAUGCUCUGCGACGCCGGUUUGCACGGUCAGGAGGCCUACCAUCCGAAAUAUAUGACAGAACAGGGCGAGUGGGUUUCGGACCUCUACUCCAAGGCCACCUGCUUCAAGGAUAAGAUGGACAUACUCAACUACUGCAAAAAAGUAUAUCCCAAAAGAGAUAUUACAAAUAUAGUUGAGAGUAGUCACUACCUUAAGAUUGGAUCGUGGUGCAGAGCAGGAUCGACGCCUGGAUCUCAGUCCAGGGGUAAAUGCAAAACCGCCAGGUGGAUCAAACCUUUCAGAUGUCUGGAAGGACCGUUUCAAUCGGACGCCCUCUUGGUGCCAGAGAAUUGUUUGUUCGAUCACAUUCACAACCAGAGCAAUUGCUGGACGUUCAGCAGAUGGAACUCGACCGCAGGCACCGCCUGCCAGGACAGAGGACUCCAGCUUCGCUCUUUCGCAAUGCUACUGCCAUGCGGAAUUUCUCUCUUCAGCGGAGUCGAGUUUGUAUGCUGUCCCAAACACUUCAAAGAUAAUCUGAAACCGCAAAAACCAGUCGACCUCUCCAUCCUUAAAAAAGAACAGGACGUCUUCGACACCAUUGGCGAUGCUGAUGAAGACGAUGAUACCGAUGAGGACGACGAUAGCGACGAUCUAGAUGACCUUGCUGAUGACACCGAACUCUCUGACGAUCCAACCAUGGAAGACGACGAUGACGAUGAAGAUGAUGACGAUUAUGACGACAGUGAUUGGGACACCACUCCAUCAAGCACCACAGCCGUUUACAAAGCCACCACCCCUUCAACGACCACGACCACCACUACUACAACAGUGAAAAGCACUUCUGUCCCAACACCCGAUCCGUAUUUUACUCAUUUUGACCCCAGGAACGAGCAUGAAAGCUAUAAAGAGGCUCAAGAAAGACUUGAAGAAAGCCACAGGGAAAAGGUUACCAGAGUAAUGAAGGAUUGGUCAGAUCUGGAAGAGCGUUAUCAAGAUAUGCGACAGACUGACCCGAGAGGUGCUGAUGAAUUCAAACAGAGGAUGACGCAGAGGUUCCAGCAGACGGUACAAGCCUUAGAAGAAGAGGGAGAUGCGGAGAAACAUCAGUUGGCUGCUAUGCACCAACAACGAGUCUUGGCACACAUUAACCAGAGGAAGAAAGAAGCAAUGUCUUGUUAUACCCAAGCAUUGAACGAUCCUAUUCCCAAUACUCAUCGUGUGCAGAAAUGCCUCCAAAAACUGCUGAGGUCGUUGCACAAGGAUCGCGCUCAUGCAAUUAGUCACUACCGUCACCUUUUGGCUAGUAGCAUAGAAGCAGCCGCAAGAGAACAACCACGAAUUUUGGAACGUUUAACCGAUAUCGAUCGUACUGUUAACCAGAGUAUGCAAAUGUUGAACAGGUAUCCAGAACUUUCCGCCAAGAUAGGCACAUUGAUGGACGAUUACAUCCAAGCCCUGAGAUCGAAGGAUGAGACUCCGGGUUCUUUGUUGUCGAUGACUGCCGAAGCUGAACAAGCAAUUUUAGACAAGUAUAAGACGGAGGUUGCCAGCAAACAGGCUGAACGCGAAAGGCAGAGAAUCCAGGAGAAGGAGAGAAAGGAACAGAGAAAGAAGGAAAGAUCCGAACUGAAGGAAGAAAAGAAACGUGUCGAGGCUGCUUUAGGCAAGAAGAUCAGUAACUUUGAUGAUGAAGAUAUGGAAGACGAGUCACUUCCAGAAGAUAAGUCGACCGCUGUACCUACCACAUCAGCAGCCAGCACAACGAGCAAUGAAGUUUUUAGUAUCGCAAUUACCGGCACUGCCAACCAUCGUGAAGUAGAUGAUGCAGCAGUCCAGCAAACUCUCGAAGACGUUGCCGCAGUCGCCCAUAGACAGGACGUCAUCAAAAUUGCUCAUGUCAUGAAUCACGAUAUAAGCCAUGGGGAACCAGGAUAUUCCGUAAGAAGAGAAAUCUACAGUCGUAAGGACGGAAAGAGUGUGUACUUCACAUUGGCUUUCGCCGGCAUGGCAUUGAUGGCGGCCAUCAUUGUUGGAGUGGCCGUUGCUAGAAGGAGAUCGGCCAGAUCGCCCCAGAGUCAGGGUUUCAUUGAGGUAGACCAAGCGGCAACACCGGAGGAGAGACAUGUAGCAAAUAUGCAGAUCAACGGUUACGAGAAUCCAACAUACAAAUAUUUCGAAGUCAAGGAGUAAUUUCGGGAUGUGUUUACCUAUAUGAGUUGUGGACAUUUAUUUAAUUUCCUGUUACUUUGCUUGGCAGCCAUUAUUUAUGUUAUUUAAGAAUUAUUUUUACAUAUUUUAAUUAUUAUUAUUUUUAUUAUUAUUAUUAAUUUUUUAACCAUUGAUAUUUGUUAAGUUUGAACUUUUAAUAUAAGUACUCUUAUUUGAGCAUUCCAGUGUGUUAUAUUGUUUAGACGUACUUAAUUAAGUUUAAAUGCAACUUGAUAAUAAUUCUACAUAUGCAAAAAUAUAUAAAUAUUUUCAAUUUACAAAACAAUAAUGUAAUAUUUUUUGCAUAUGACAGUCCAAGUUUACAUUAUCGUAAUCUUUCUAGAAAUCAUUGUCGUGAAUCACGGUACGCGUAACUAGUACGGCCCGUGUUUUGUGGCAGUGUGUGUACGACGUAGCUAGAUGUAUGGUACCCUCCAUAAUAAAUUUAAUGAAUACAUAUUAGAAUAUAAAUGCAUGUUUAAUCAACAAGCUUUUUGUACAAAGACUUUUUAUUUUUUUUACUACGUAAUCUGCUUUCAGUCACGCCCUCGAUCUAUAAUAGGAAAUGAAACUGUUUCAGAAAAGUUAAAACUAUAUAACAUGUAUAUAGCAGUAUGGGAUUUUCGAGAUGUACAUUUUAAACGUUUUCUUUUUUUAAUAGUUGUUUUACACCAAACUAGGACAGGUUUAAUAUAUUUUAAUAUGCUUACUAAAUUGUGUCAAAUAUAUUCCAGUUUCCGCAUUUCCCAGUAUUUUAAUUGCUCAUUUUCAGAGCUUUCACGUGAAUACAUUCGUAUUAUUGCCAGCUUCAAAAACAUUUAAAUGUGUUGUAUCAUGCAGCAAUUAAUUCAAUUUAACUGGGCAAUUGAUUUACUGGAAUUGGGAACUUACUUAUUGUACAAUGUAACUUUUAUGAAAUUUCUACAGUCCCGUUAAUAGUUAAUUAACAUUGAUCCCAGUAAUAAUUUUAUACAGUUUAAAAUUUUCGAAUGCAAUUUGGGCAGCACAAUAAAAUGGUUUGAAUACAUGUAUACCUAUCUUUAGUUUUGAAAUACUGUAACGUUUGAUAUGUUAUAACAAGUGUUUUGUGAAGAAACUAUAUUACAUUUAAGAUUAUGGGUUACAAAACAUAAUGCUAAGAUAGAAAUACAUCGUAUUCAUUAACUUAAAACGGAAUUUCAUAUCAUAGUGCAGAAUUUCGUUUUAACGGACUUAUUGACAGCUACAAAGUUUAUCAUGAAUAAUUCAAGUAAUUCUGUUUAUCAAUAAUAAAAUGUACUUAAUAAUAAAGAAGACCUUUUUCAGCUUAUAAGUGUGUACAGUUUAGAUACAAAAUAUAUAUUAUCUUUUCUCACACUAGGAUAUAGGCAAUUGAUAAAAAGGUGUGUUUGAUGUGCAUAGUUUAUACUUGAUAGACCAUUUCUCAAAGGAAAAAUAUCUUGUUGUUCCUUUUUCCAUGAAUUUCGUUGUUUUCUAAACCUUCCUUUCGAAAGUAGUUUAGUUUAUAGCUUAGUUUAAUAUAUGUUUUGUGGCCAUGUAAUUUUAAAUUUAAUGUAAUAAAAAACUAAAAUAACAACUGA